CAUUUUUAAAUAACAAAUGGAGACAUGAAAUGACCUCCAUUUUAUAAGUUUCGUUUUUUUAUAACCACAGCAAAAAAUUAUCGUCUGAAAUGGUGUUUUAAGUUGGCCGUGUAAGAUUAUUAAUCGUCAUUGUCAAAAGUGUUAAAUUGCAUUUUGUGCCAGACAGUUGCAUUUAUUAUCAUUGUAGAAGUCAAAAUAUGAGUACCGCAAAUCCGUCUUACAAACCGUCCGAAGGGAAACGUGAAGAGUUCAGGAAAUAUUUAGAAAAGAAUGGUGUAAUGGAUGCAUUAACAAAAGUAUUAGUCAAUCUAUAUGAAGAGAUUGAUAAGCCAGAUGAUGCACUAGAGUAUAUUCGUGACAAACUGGCAGUUAUAGCUGGUAUAGAAACAUAUAAACAGAUUCAAACUAAGUUAAUGGAGGCUGAAGAAAAGAUAAAAGAGUUGGAAGGGCAAAUACAACCUGGUGGAGCUGCUGAGGAAGGUGUGCCUCUUGAGGGAGAAGGCAGUGCUACACAUCAGCCAUCUGAUGAACCAGCACAAGUGGAAGGCACCAGUGAGAAAGUUCCUGAUGAAAAUGAACCUGUUGUACAAGAGGAAAAUCAAGAAGAUCAAUAAUUUCUUCUAGUUAAAUCUAUUAUUUUUUGUUUUGAUUAUAGCUUUUUUUAAGUCUUUUUGGUGAUACUUUUUAUACUACUAAGUUAAUUUAUAUUGAUGGAUAAUUAAUUAAAAGUACUUACAUUCUACAGUAGAAA